GAGCAACCAUAGCAUAAAAUUCUCCACCUCCUCUUAAAUCUCUCUCCCUUCCGUCCGCCUUCUCAAAUCAAAACUUCCUCCUGUUUUCCCUUUACCUCUUCUUCCCUUCGCAUACAUUUUGAAACUGCUCGCAGUUUUUUCCUUACUUGGCAGACAAAACUAGAGGCCGUAACGCCGAAAGAGAAUAAACACACAGGCCUGUUCCUUCUUCUCCUUCGUGUGGUCGCUCGCCUUCUCCAUGUGCGCUGCUGUGGUGCUGUGAUCAAUCAGGAAAGGGAAAGCACGAAGUAGCUAACUUGUUCUACCUUCCUUCCUCUCUCUUUUCCCCUGAGAUCUGCGCUCAAGGAUGAAGAGAGUGAGGGAGGAGUUCUACGGCGGCGGCUCGCAAUUCAAGCGACCUUUCGGCUCUUCCCGCGAAUCGUGUGCGCAACCAUCAAUUCCAGGAGUUGGAGGAGGGGCAGGAGUAGCCGUAGUGGGUGAUGGAGUAGGGCCUGCUGGAGGAGCUGGUGGUGGCAGAAUGGAGGGAGGCGGUGGAGGUGGAGGUGGUACUACUGCCACUGCUAGUGGAGCUUCUCAUAAACUUACGACCAACGAUGCCUUGACCUAUCUUAAGGAAGUGAAAGACAUGUUUCAGGACAAACAGGACAAGUAUGAGACUUUCCUUGAGGUCAUGAAAGAUUUCAAGGCUCAGAAAACUGACACCGCUGGUGUUAUUGCACGGGUCAAAGAGUUGUUCAAAGGACAUAACAACCUAAUAUAUGGUUUCAAUACCUUCUUGCCGAAGGGUUAUGAAAUAACUCUUGAUGAUCCACCAAAGAAGACAGUUGAAUUUGAUGAAGCUAUGAACUUCGUUAAUAAAAUCAAGAAACGGUUCCAGAAUGAUGAACAUGUGUAUAAAUCCUUCCUCGAUACCCUUAAAAUCUACCGGAAGGAGCACAAAGACAUAAAUGAGGUCUACAAAGAGGUUGCUGCUCUCUUCAAGGACCAUCCGGAUUUGCUUGACGAGUUCACUAGGUUCUUACCAGACAAUUCUGGAACCGCAGUGUCACAGCAUAACUCUUCCACUGUCACCUUGCGUCCGAUGCACAUAGAGAAGCAACUUAGGCGAGACAAAGUUGUUAAUUCAAAUGGUGAAAGGAAUCUUAGUCUUCAGCAGCCUGAAAUGGAUGAUGAGAAACUGAUGAUGAAAGCACACAAAGAACAAAAAAAGCGAGUUGAGAAAGAUGGUAGAGACAACCAUGGUCGUGAUCAAGACGAGAGGGAACUUGAUCAUGACAGCAACAGGAGGAAACCCUUCCGGAAAGUUGAGGGUUAUGGAAUCAGUUCUAACUUUGCUUCUUAUGAUGACAAGGAUAAAUUAAAAAGCAUGUACCAUGAAGGAUUUGUAUUCUGCGAGAAAGUCAAGGAGAAGCUGGGCAGCUCCGAUGAUUAUCAGGCGUUCUUGAAGUGCCUUAAUAUAUUCAAUAAUGGAAUUAUUAAGAAGACAGACUUACAAAAUCUGGUGACAGACUUACUUGGAAGAUAUCCUGACCUUAUGGAGGAAUUCAAUGAUUUCCUACAGCGCUGUGAGAACAUUGAUGGGUUCCUUGCUGGUGUUAUGAGUAAAAAAUCACUGGUCGUUGAUGGGCUUUCAGCAAGAUCAUUGAAGGUGGAGGACAGAGAUAAAGAGCCGAAGUGUCAACUUGAUCCAGAAAAGGAGAGAUGCAGGGAGAAGUAUAUGUCAACAUCUAUUCAAGAGCUUGAUCUUUCUCAUUGUCAACGUUGCACCCCUAGCUAUCGGCUUCUGCCGGACGAUUAUCCAAUACCUGCGGUAAGCCAUAGACCAGAUCUUGGUGCUCAAGUCCUCAAUGACCACUGGGUAUCUGUAACUUCGGGGAGUGAAGAUUACUCUUUUAAACAUAUGCGUCGGAAUCAGUAUGAAGAAAGCUUAUUUAGAUGUGAAGAUGAUAGGUUUGAGCUGGAUAUGCUGUUAGAGUCUGUUAGUGCAACUGCCAAACGUGUAGAGGAACUAGUGAAUGACAUCAACCAGCAUAAAUUUCAGUCACCAAUUCGGAUCGACGGGCACUUUACUGGUUUGUGUUGGGUGGCUGAUUUGAUUUUAAUGUCUUGAAGUUGCUUCUCUUUACUUUUAGAAGACUUAUUCCACUUUCUUUCAGCCGACCAAGCUCUCAAAUUAUUUCUACAGUUUCCUUAAUACAAAUUUAUGCAGCUCUGAAUUUUAGGUGCAUUGAGCGUCUAUAUGGGGACCAUGGUCUAGACGUGCUGGACAUUUUGCGCAAAAAUCCUGCAAUUGCAUUGCCUGUUAUACUAACUCGCUUAAAGCAGAAGCAAGAAGAGUGGAUGCUCUGCCGUAAAGAUUUCAACAAGGUUUGGGCUGAGAUAUAUGCAAAAAAUCAUUACAAAUCACUGGAUCACCGUAGCUUCUAUUUCAAGCAACAAGAUUCAAAGACAUUGAGCUCAAAAUCUUUGCUAACUGAGAUUAAGGAUUUGAAAGAGAAGCAACCAAAGGAGGACGAUGUUCUUUUUGCCAUUGCUGCUGGAUACAGACAAACCCUUGUACCACAUUUGGAAUACGAGUAUUCUGACGGCACGAUUCAUGAAGAUAUACAUAAACUUGUCCAGUAUUCAUGUGAAGAAAUUUGCUCAACCAAAGAACAACUUAGUAAAGUUAUGCGGCUUUGGACAACGUUUGUGGAGCUAAUGCUUGGUAUUGUUCAAUCCAAUUCCAAGGAUAAUCCUCUAGGAGGUGAUGGGAAAGAUAAGCAUCUUCUUUCAAAUUGCAAAACCAUGAGCAGCAUGACUGAAAAUGGUGUAGAACCUGCCGCUAACGGUGUGGUGGAAGAUUCCAAGUCACCAAGAAAAUGUGCUGUUGAUAGUGUAGAUGAGAACACUUCACCUCAAUGUGGUCCCACCUCUUCAGAUAUUGGAAAUGAUACACCCAGGGAUUUGAAUUCUGUUAAACCAGAUCAUGUUUCUACGUCUGAUGUCAUUACCAACACGCAAAGAGUUGAGAAAGAGCAGAAGAAUCUAGAAUUGAGCGAGAAAAUGGCUGUGCUUAACAUACAGACAAGCUGUAGUGCCGGAGAUGCUGCUGCCCGAGUAUCUCCUAAGACAGGAUCAGAACAAACUCAUGUAAAUUACAACAGUGAUGGAAUAUCAGACCGGGGUUGUAGUUCUGUGAUGCCCCUGUCUAGUUGGGUUGCUACAGAAGGUUACAAAAAUAAAGGAAGUGUUGAUACUGGUGUUUCUGUAGAGGGUGGGAUUGUAUUAUCAGCAAACGGACGUUUUUCUAAUGGCACAACGGUUAAUCAUAACCUGGAUGCCUCCACUGCUCCUCCCAAAAUCGAGAAGGAAGAGGGAGAGUUAUCACCUAACAAUGAAUUCGAGGAGGAGGAUUUUGUUGGCUAUUUACCUAUACCAAAUGGAAAGAACACUGCUGAGAGCAGGAAAAAGGGAUGUGAAGAAGAGUUGGAUUGUCUGGGUGGAGAAAAGAAUGAUGUCGAUGCAGAUGAUCAGGACAGUGAAAAUGGUUCUGAGCAUGCAGAUGAUGUAUCGGGCAGUGAAUCUGUAGGGGAUGAUGAGUGUUCCAGAGAAGACGAGCAUGAGGAAGAGGAAGAUGAAGAUACGGGGUUGCAUGAUGAAGUUGAUGAAAAGGCCGAGAGUGAAGGGGAAGAAGCUGAGGGGAUGACCGAUGCACAAUUUGGUGGAGAUCUACUACCUUUGGAAGAGCGUGUGCUUUUAUCCGUUAAGCCUCUUGCUAAGUACGUUCCAGCAGCUUUACUGGACAACAAGGAAAGGAAUGAAUCACGGAUUUUCUAUGGAAAUGAUGAUUUCUAUGUGCUUUUCAGGCUUCAUCAGAUCCUGUACGAAAGAAUUUUAUCAGCCAAAAUUCAGUCAACUAGCACAGACACGAAAUGGAGAACUUGUAAGAAUGAUACUUUUGUGGACCCAUAUCCCAGGUUUCUGACUGCAUUAUACAAUCUGCUCGAUGGAUCUACUGAUAAUGCGAAAUUUGAAGAUGAGUGCAGAGCCAUUAUUGGAAACCAGUCGUAUGCAUUAUUUACGUUGGACAAGUUAAUAUUCAAAUUGGUCAAGCAGCUGCAAGCUGUUGCUGCUGAUGAGAUGGACGGUAAGCUUCUUCAACUGUACGAGUAUGAGAGAACCAGGAAAGCUGGGAAAUCCAUUGAGUCGGUUUAUUAUGAUAAUGCACGUUACUUUGUGCACGAGGAUAACAUAUAUCGUAUGGAGUUUACAUCUUCUCCAUCUCACAUGUCAAUACAGCUUAUGGAAAAUGUGCCAGAGAAGCCCACCGAUGUAUUGCCGGUCUCCAUGGAUCCAAAUUUUGCAGCAUAUCUGCAGAAGGACUAUCUGUCUGUUUCUUCUCAUGGCAAAAAGGAUCCUCAGGGGAUAAUACUCCAUAGGUAUCAUUAGCCUUCUGUUUAACAAAAUUCACAGUUUGACAGUGGCAGGCAAAUCAUAUCCUUAGGGUAAACAAUAGUACAGGGGCUGAAGUAGCUAUAGAUGGUUGAAUACAUGUAUACAACAGAUGAAAAUCAAGUUUUUUCCUGCUCGAUACGCAGAAAUAAGGGCAGAAUUCUGCAGUUUUGAGGGGAAAUGGAAUAAUUAUUAGCUUCAGUUUAUGAUUUUAGAUAACUUGCACUAGUCAAAAUUUGCAGAAACAAACACAAGUUUGAUAAGAUGGACGCACUUUCUGCAUUCUGUUUGGCAAUGGAUGGUGUCAGCAUUGUCAAUGGUUUGGAGUGCAAGGUUUCCAGCAGCUCAUGCAAGAUCUCUUAUGUUCUUGACACCGAAGAUUUCUUCUAUCGAUCAAGUAGAAAGAAAGCCUCAAGGGGUCAGAGUCGCGCUAGAGUGGAGCUUUUUCACAGACUGUUGCAGUCCUCCACGUGACACCACUUGCAAAUUGAAGGCCUUUGCCCUCUGCUUUGCUUUGGCCUUGGCUGCUGGACCUCCUCUUGUAAGAACCACCUGAAGAUUUUUGUUUGCUGGCGCAGAGAAGAGAACUCCGAUGUUUCCGUGUAUAAGCUCCACGGUGACUAUAUUCUGUAAAAAUUUCAGAGCCAGUCACGUGUAGAGAACGCCAAUUGCGGUCUGGAUCAAAUGGUGUAAUUGUCUUUGUAAUAGGGUGGGGGUACGAGAGGGUAAUUUGAUCCAUCGCCUUCUACUGUAAAUAGUGUCCAAUUGCAACAAUGUAUGAAUGUGUAAUCUUUUUGUAGGGAAAGUAGUAUAUACUAUAUACAGGCUUUAUGCUAACUUGGUCAGGUCUGCAGUAGCUGUGCUGUAGGUGAUCGUUGUCGUAACUCAAACAAGAGCUCUGAGGUUUCGGUUUGUGUAUCCCGCAUUGUAGUAGAGGUUGGAUAGUAAAUAACUAUAUAUGUAUUUUUCUGAAUUGUUCUUGGAGAGGAUGUAUGUCUAGAAAUUGUUUUUGUUUUUCAUUAUUAUCAAUCCAAUCCAUACUUUCGGCUGAGAAA